CCACCAUUUGCCCACAAAAAAUAAUACGAAAAAGAGGGCUCAAUCUCCUCUUCUAUUUUAUUACCAUGGCUGCGCUCACUUCCUUGCCGGACCCGGCGCCGGAGAAAACGAAACAACCGCCGCAGCGGCGGAGGAAGCAGGUGAAGAAGCAAAAGCAACCCUCGUCUUCUUGGGACCAAAUCAAGAACUUGCUCACUUGCAAACAGAUGGAAGGCUCCAAGGUUCACGACCCGGCCAAGAACCAGGUGGCGCCGCCUCAUCAACAAGGGUACCCGAAGAUUAGUUCCUCCUGUAACUCUAUAUGCAGCUUCCGCGACGUUGUUCAUGGCAACACGAGGGUGGUUCACCGAGCCGAUAACUCACCCGAGAGUAGCACGGUGGGUCGAGAAACCGCGCUGCUGAGACGCAAAGCUGUGAAUGGCUCAUCGUCUCGGUCGUUGUCCGGGUCGACGAGAUCCAAUAACAGCAGCUCGAGGUACACGACGACGACGUCUUCUUCGAGAGCUAUGCAAUUCAGGAAACUUUCUGGGUGUUACGAAUGCCAUACGAUCGUUGACCCAAGCAGGUAUCCAUCGUCAAGAACAACUAUAUGUGCCUGCCCACAGUGCGGUGAGGUCUUCCCAAAAAUCGAAAGCUUGGAACUUCAUCAAGCUGUUCGCCAUGCAGUUUCGGAGUUGGGCCCUGAAGAUUCGGGUCGGAACAUAGUGGAAAUCAUUUUCAAAUCCAGCUGGCUAAAGAAGGACAAUCCGAUCUGUAAGAUCGAACGGAUACUGAAAGUUCACAACACCCAGCGCACCAUCCAACGGUUCGAAGACUGUCGCGACGCGGUGAAAACGCGCGCUCUUAACAGCACCAGAAAGAACCCCCGGUGCGCGGCUGACGGCAACGAACUCCUCCGGUUCCACUGCACGACCCUUUCGUGCUCUCUCGGCGCGCGUGGCUCGUCCAGCUUGUGCAGCUCGAUCCCCGGUUGCGGCGUCUGCACCAUAAUCAGACAAGGGUUCCAAAACAACGCUGGUGGAGGAGGAGGAGGAGGAGGAGGGACCGCGCCAGUCGCAGAAUUCAAAGGGGUCGGCACUACGGCUAGUAGCGGUAGGGCCCACGACUCAAUCAAGUGUGGCGACGGACGUAGGGCCAUGCUGGUUUGCCGUGUGAUCGCGGGGAGGGUGAAGCGAGUGACGGAAGACGCGCCGUCGUUGGGGGAGGAUAAUAAUAGUAGCGGCGUAUCUUCUUCGUCUGGGUCGUACGAUUCUGUAGCGGCGCACGCCGGGGUUUACUCCAAUCUGGAGGAGUUGAUAGUGUUUAAUCCGAGGGCUAUCCUUCCUUGUUUCGUAGUUAUUUACAAAGCGUUAGAAUAUUGACUCAUGAAAACGUCAAAUGUCAUCAUUUUCAUAUAUUAUUCUAAUCAACCGAUGUUCCAUAACCGUGUAAAUCAAUUUUGAGCU